UAUACCUGCCCUCGACAAGUAAACACCAAUACCACUAAUGUCUGCUCAAGCUAAAAGGAAGAAGCAAGAAGUUGCAGAAGAAGAGAAUGAGACUCAAGAUGAAAAAACCGAAGGCCCCACACUGACUAAAGUACUGGAGAAUGAAGGAAUUAAUGCAGGAGAUAUCAAGAAACUGGAAGAUGCUGGAUAUGCUACUGUAGAAGGAAUAGCAUUCACACAGAAAAGACAACUUACUCAAAUCAAAGGGCUUUCAGAAGCAAAAGUUGAUAAAAUCCUUGAAUGUGCUGCUAAAAUAGUAAAUCUUGGCUUCUGAACAGCUACAAGUUUCUUUGAAAAGAGACAGGCCAUCACAAAAGUGUCCACUGGAUCGAAGACCUUAGAUGCUUUACUCGGGGGAGGAGUUGAAACAGGAUCAAUUACUGAGAUAUUUGGAGAAUUUAGAACAGGAAAAACUCAGAUUUGCCAUACCCUCUGAAUCACAUCUCAGCUGAGUGAAGAGAAAGGAGGUGGAGAAGGAAUGGCCAUGUAUAUAGACACUGAAGGAACCUUCAGACCUGAAAGGCUUGUUCCAAUAGCUGAGAGAUAUGGUCUAGAUAUUAACGAAGUACUUGAGAAUGUUGCUUAUGCAAGAGCUCACAACUCAGACCAGCAAUGCAAGCUUAUCAAGCAAGCUGCUGCCUUAAUGUGAGAGAAUAGAUUCUCAGUUGUGAUCGUGGAUAGUGCAACUGCUCUAUACAGAACUGAUUAUAGCGGUAGAGGAGAGCUCUCAGCAAGGCAAAUGCAUUUGGCUAAAUUUUUAAGGAGCCUCCAAAAGCUUGCUGAUGAAUUUGGAGUUGCUAUUGUAAUUACAAAUCAAGUAGUGGCUCAAGUCGAUGGAGCUUCAAUGUUUGCAGAUAGUAAAAAGCCCAUUGGAGGACAUAUCAUGGCUCAUGCCUCUACUACAAGAUUGUCACUCAGGAAAGGAAGAGGUGAGAGCAGAGUCUGCAAAAUCUAUGAUUCUCCUUGCCUUCCUGAAGGAGAAGCAAUGUACAAUAUCACCGAAGCUGGAAUCGAUGACUGUAAGGACUAA